AUGAUCGAUCAUCCUUUGCGCACCAUUUCUUACAUCGCUGACAUCGGUGACAUUUUUGUGUUAAUGGCACGCCGACGCAUAUCUUCUCAAUCCAUGGACCCCGCAGCCUCUAGCGUCGAUCCCGAUGCUGGUUGCUGUAACUGCAGCCACAUUAACGGCAUCUCCUCGUCAGGAAUCGACAACGGUUCCUUAUUUUCAAACGACUGCCGUUCCUCCAUGUCUAAAGCAGUACCAGAUAUCGAAAUGAGCUCGAAUCCUGUCGACACCAAUUAUCUUCAUAAAAACCAACAGCACAGUCAACGCCACCACCAGCAUAAUCAGUUUCGGCACCACAUGUCUGGAGUUGAUAUUGCUAAACCUGACACGAUGGCCACAAAUGGUGGGACUAGGUCUACGAAUAAUGGUGGUUGUUGCCACUCUACCUCUUCUUCUUCAUGUCUUUUAUCUCACACCACAACUGCAUCUUCCGCCGCCGCAGCCAUUGCAACCUCUGCUCAUCAUCUACGUUUACCAACACUUACAAGUGUUAAGUCCGAUGCAGGUAUUCGGUGCUCAGCUGGCUCUGUAGGCCCAGCAGAAGGACUGAGUCAUUUUCCUACCAUAGAAGCGUAUUACAAAUCCCAAUAUGCAGAGAGGCAAACGCUGAAGGUCAUAUGCCACGUCUUCGAGAGUGAUGAGGUAAGGUGCUGA